UUUAUUUGAUGAGAAAAGAAAAAUAGGACGCAUUGAUAGAUUAAAAGACUGCAUUUAUUCUUACUAAUGACUUAAAACCUGCAUGAGUUGCUCCUACCUGUGAAUGGUAUCUGUUUACCAACUCAGCAAGAUGAAUUUCACUGGCAAAUACACACUUGAGAGUGACGAGAACUAUGAACAGUUUAUGAAGGCUUUAGGUGUACCUGAUGAUGCCAUUGAGCGUGGGAAAACUUUGAAGUUUGUCACAGAGAUUGUUCAGAAUGGAAAUGAAUUUACUUGGUCUCAAAUUUAUCCAUGCCACACUACAACCAAUAAAUUUAUUGUUGGCCAGGAGUCAGAAAUUGAGACGCUGAACUGUGACAAAGUCAAGGUCACAGUACACCAAGACGCAGGAAAGCUCCUCAUGAAUUUUCCUAAGUAUACUCACACUGCCACAAUUGAAGGAGGAAAACUAGUUGAAAACUCAGUGUGUGAUGGGAUCACUUUAAAAAGAUUCCAUAAGAAAACAGUUUAAGAUGAGGAAGACUGGUGUUUCCAAGAAUCACUGCUGAUGCUAAAAUCAAUAAACAUGUGUCCAAAUAAAGGAAAUGUCUAUACCACAGCUCAAAAUGUAUGAUUAAAGUAAGCCAAAAAAGAG